GCUUUAAACCAGAGGAUGAUGGAUAUGAAACAGUUCCGGUAUGUAAUAUUAGGAGAAGAACAAUCAUCCCAAAAGCACUAAACAAUAUUUACAACGAGAUGAUUCAAAUCACUCAAGACAAGAAAAGAAUUCAAGCUGUUGAUAUCGAAGAGUGCACAAUGAACUUUCAGCAAUGUUCUGAGAAUCCUGUGAUGAAAUGUAAACAAAAAUUUGUAAGAAUUAACAUGCAAGUUAAACAUAAUGGCAAAAUUUUUGAUGAAGAAUUUUACAUCCCGUCACUAUGCGGUUGUUAUUUGGUUUAG